AUGGCCGGACAAGCCUUGGAACGAGAAUUUUGUCCUCAUUUUGCAGCUUGUUUCCAGAGCCUUGGUUACCCUUGUCCAGCGGAACGGUCUUCGUUUUCCCGUUCCGCUGGACAAGAUCCCGGACAAAGACAAGUAAUUGUAUAUUUUUUUAGGAAUCAGAAACCUUUUACACAGUUUGUCAAGCUCUUUGGAGUCCUUGGAAGGAACUACUGGUUUCGAUUUGUCUUUUACAUUCUUGCCGCUGUUCCCUCUUUCUUCUUUUUGUCAACAAUACUUGGAGGAGCGAGUCUGGUGUUCACAAGUUUGAUUUAUCUGCGAGCUGCCAUUUCAGGAGAGACAUGGAAACCGUGUCUAGCUGAUGAGAAGCCUGAUAUUUCAGCCAACAAGCAGAGUGAUCCACCCAAGCAGCCACCCCCUCGAGGGCCACGCUCUAAGAGCAUUGACAAUUUGGCUGUUGAACCUGAUGAACAAGAUCCCAGUAGGGUGUAAUUAAAUAAACUAAUAACAUCUGAAUAGAAUGCAUAUAACUACAUGCACAUAAACAACAUUACCAUAAAUUUAUAGCUGCUGCAAAUGCCCAGUGUUUUUAUUCUUAACUCAAUAAUAAAUAUAAAAUGUGAUUUGCAGCUGUCAAAUCAGCACCAAACGUAAACUUUCUUUUCAAUAAUAACAGUUUAUGCUCUCCAUUUGCAAGUAAAGAAUACUGGAAAUGCUAAGAACAGGACAAAAUUAGCUAUUAUUUGCAGAAUUGUUAUGGUAAAAGUUACUUGCUGCAUAUAUCAGUGAGUCUUAGGAACAAGUUCCAGCUAAUAAGAUAGCGGCAGUCUGGUAUAGGUACGAGGGAGUCAAAUGCUGCAUCAUCCAAAAGGUAUACAGUAUCCAGAAACAAGUAAAUUUUUUCUCAAUCCAGAACUGAAAAUCCAGGAAUUCAUACAAGAAUAAGAGAACUUCGUAGUUCUUUUCAACACUUUUGACUGUUUUUUAAAUGAUAUAGGGGGAAUGUGAUGUCUUUGUUUAUAUUUUGCCUCAUUAGCAUACGACGCAUCAUGCUAGAUAUGAAUACCCUCCAUCACAGACAGCUCAGAGGGUUAGAUGUCUGGCUGCAAUGCAGGGUAGAUACGAAUAAUUUUGGCUUGCAGAACUCAGCAAUUUUUGAAAGUUUUAAUGCUUUGAGUAUAAUAUGCUUGAAAAAAUGCAAAACCAAACUGCAAACUUUCUGGGUGGCAAAAGUGCUAAUGAGCCCAUACAUAACAUCUUUACGACAACUUGAGUUCUGUGCCACACCAAAACUGGUUAAUACACUUGCUGAGCUCAAAUUUCUUGGGGCAGUUAAUCAUUCUGAGUUGAUAUUUUGUAGCAAUCAAGCAAGAAAUUCUGUUAAUGAGGCAAGUAUUGUCAGGAAAGAUUCUUAUAUUUUUUAUUCCAGAAGGAUUUUUUUUUUUAUUACAGCCUGGAUAAAUGUUAACUCUGCACCACUAAUUGCACAUACAUUAUUUAAUAGUACAUAAAAUUAAUGCAGUUGUGCACUCGUGUAUGGCUAUGUAUAUUACAUGGUGUAUCAUGUUUGUGGCAAUGAAAUUGUUGUAAAAAUUACGUAGAACUUGAAAGUUCAUAACUAUUUCAGUAAACAAUUUAGAAAUCUUGAAGAUUUGCAAUAAAAUAGAAAGCAAAAAUGC